AAACUAUUUGAAGAGGUCUUUGGAUUUAUCCGUUCUCCUCCUUUUGUAGGCCGUUGUGGAGUAGAUUGUCUCUUGCAGCUCCUUGUGGAUAUUUCGACAACUUCUUCUUGUUUAGUCAACAAAAAGGGUUUCAUCCAUGCAACGUGUCGUAAAAGGGAGCAAGUCCCCUUCGGAGGGUUUGACCAAGAGUAUUUACAGUGAAGUGACCAUAAAGGCCGCUGAAAUUGUAAACUUGGUAUGCACCGUAAACUUGGGAGUCCGCAACUUGGACUUGAAAACCAUUGCCAUUAAAGCGAGAAACGCGGAGUAUAACCCUAAGCGUUUUCAAGCAGUCAUUAUGCGUGUAAGGGAACCCAAAACAACUGCCCUCAUUUUCAGUUCUGGUAAAAUUGUGGUAACGGGAGCGAAAAGCGAAGAAGAGUCUAAGCGGGCUGCCAAAAAGUUUGUGGUAAUUGUCCGAAAGUGUGGAUAUGAAGAGGCAAAAUUUUCUGAGUUCAAAGUUCAAAAUGUAGUUGGCACAAGUGCAGUGGACUUUCCUAUACGUUUGGAAGCACUUGCCCAAGCACAUACGCAGUUUUGUACAUAUGAACCAGAAUUAUUUCCAGGUUUGGUCUAUCGUAUGAUGGAACCUAAGAUUGUACUAUUAAUAUUCGUUUCUGGAAAGUUGGUACUAACUGGUGGGAAAACAAGAAAACAAAUAGAUGAAGCUUUAGAAAAGAUCAAAAACGUCCUUGUUACUUUUAAGAAAACAAGGUAAAGGGUUAAACGUGAAUAUUUUAUCGCAAAUUUUUCUCUUCUAGUUACUCUGCGGCUUGUGAAACACUCUUUUAGAUAAAGUGCGCGAAUUUUUUUUAAAAUGUGUUUUGUAGCUUUUUUCUCUCUCCUUUUUGGCGCCUAAUAAAAGAAUGCACGCAACG